AAUAGUUCCCAGAUAAUAGGGACAGAGCGACAGAGAUUUUGCUGAAACCUCGCCCCUUGGAUUCCUUGGGCCUCUGCUAUGGUGGAACUAGCUGAAAGUCUUAAACCAGUGAGUCAGUGAACGGUAGUCCGAAGGUGGCUUAAUCGAAGGAAAAAACCGAUGGGUUACGAGAUUUCUGCCUUCGUCUUCAAUAGCACCACUCCCACUCUCAUCUCCUGCCCUGAAAAUCACUCCCCACGCUGUCUUGUAAUUCCUUCCUCCUCCUCUGCUUCUACGUUCUUACCUUCCAAGCUUUACCCUUGCUCCAAACACGAAGCUAGGAGAUUAGCACGGCAGAAUUUCGAACCCCAGACUCGCCUAUAUGGCGACCGACUCUGUCCACUAGCUAGCAGAGUAUCCUCUGCUCAAGUGGAAGAGCAAAAGGAGGUUGAAAUUGUGGAGGGUUACAGUAUGACCGAAAUUUGUGACAGAAUGAUAGAUGUGUUCAUGAAUGAGAAGACCAAAUCAAAGGAAUGGAGGAAGUAUUUGGUAUUUAGAGAAGAGUGGAAUAAAUAUAAGGAUAGCUUCUACAGAAGGUGCCAGAAAAGGGCAGACAUGGAGAUUGACCCAGUUAAGAAGCAAAAAUUCAUUUCACUGUGGAAAAAGAUGAAGAAGAUUGAUGAUGAAAUGGAAGAACACAAUGAUCUACUCAAGGAGGUGCAAGAUAGCCCUACUGAUAUAAAUGCCAUUGUUGCAAUGAGGCGUAAAGAUUUUACAGGGGAAUUCUUCCGUUACCUAUCUCUCCUUUCAGACACAUAUGACACCUUGGAAGACCGAGAUGCAAUUGCCAGGCUUGGGACUAGAUGCUUGGCAGCUGUCAGUGCCUAUGACAACACUUUAGAGAUUGUGGAGACGUUGGAUCCUGCACAGGCCAAAUUUGAUGAUAUUCUCAACUCACCGUCAAUUGAUGCGGCAUGUGAGAAGAUCAAAAGCCUUGCAAAGGCAAAGGAACUUGAUUCAUCAUUAAUCCUCUUGAUAAAUAGUGCUUGGGCUAAAGCAAAAGAGUCUUCAACACUGAAAAAUGAGGUGAAAGAUAUAAUGUAUCAAUUGUACAAGACCACAAAGAGCAGUCUAAGGAGCAUGGCUCCUAAAGAAAUAAAGCUGCUUAAGCAUUUGUUGAAUAUUGUAGACCCUGAGGAGAGAUUCUCUGCAUUAGCAACAACUUUCUCCCCUGGUGAUAAACAUGAAACCAUAGACCCUAAUGCAUUAUACACGACCCCGAAGGAGCUGCAUAAGUGGGUUAAGAUCAUGCUUGACGCGUAUCAUUUGAAUAAAGAAGAAACAGAGUUGAGGGAAGCCAAGCAGAUAACUCAACCUGUGGUUAUUCAGAGGCUCUUCAUCCUCAAGGAAACUAUUGAAGAAGAAUAUCUGGAAAAACGUACACUUCAAAAGUCUGAUGCAGAAAAAGACUCUAAAUCAGAAGAAGAAGAAGAAGAGUUUUAAGGUACUUCACUUAAAAAUGCAAAUUUCCCUGCCCACUCGCUUCAUUGUUUCAUGCCUUGAAAGUAAAAAGGGCAACAGGGAAAGCGGGGUCAAAGAAGGAAAUGAUCAAGUAAAUGUGCGAAAGACGUUUUAAGUGGCUACUACUAGCAGCUGGGGCCACAACUUAUCCGCAUUCAAAGAUAUAUGGGGGUGUAAUCUACUUUUUUUACAAUGACAUUUAGGGGAAUUAAAUUUCAAGGGGUCAUUAGUGUUAGGACAAGCCAUGGUGUAAUUUUUACUUUUGUCUCGUAUUUAGAAGGAUUUGUAUCAUGUUUCCUUCUUUUGCAUGGCGAACAUGUGGGGUUGUACUCAUUUAAAAAGCUGUAAUGUAAAUAGUAAGCCUCCCACCAAAGCAAGGCUUUGGUUAAGCACUCUUGCCGUUUACCCAAA